AUGGCUUCUUUCAAGUUUUGUCUUGAUUGCAAUAAUAUGCUGUACCCACAAGCAGAUAAUGAAAAUAAACGACUACUUUACUCAUGCCGUAACUGUCCAUACUCUGAACAAGCUGAUAACCCAUUAGUAUACUACCAUCGUUUGGAAAGUGACCUCAGUGAAACAGCAGGUGUUACAAAUGAUAUUGGUUCAGAUCCAACUCUGCCACGUUCCAACAAGGAAUGUCCCAAAUGUCAUAACAAACAGUGUGUCUUUUUCCAAUCUCAACAACGACGUGCCAUUACUUCCAUGGUUCCGUUUUUCGUGUGUCUAAGUUGCCACCAUACGUUUCGACCCACAGAUCCCGAGAGUCAAGGAUAA